AUGUCACAACGCAACACAGUGAAAGUCAUAUUGGAGAAUGUCUGGGUCAACCAGCAAAUAAUUGAAAUUGAGGUCUUAGAAACACCUCAGGUGUGCUCAGCUGUGAUGAAAGUUCCCGGUGACCAGAUUCAACAUGAGGUCAAGAAAAAGGGACUACAACUAGCAGACUUUUCAGAUAAUGAUGAUGAUCCUGAGUUAUCUAUCCUGAUAGGAACAGACUACUAUUGGCAAAUUGUCUCAGGAAGGGUGGAGAGACUGACAGAGACAUUAGUUACACUGGAGAGGACAUUUGGAUGGUCUGUGCAGGGACCAGUGUGCAUGACAAGUGACGCUGAGGCAACCUGCAUGUUCAUUCCACUUGAAGAGGACACACUUGUCUCCAAGCAACUAAGUGCAUUCUGGGAAAUUGAGUCUCUGGGCAUCACAAGUGAAAACACACAGAACCCAGCAGAAGAAAAUGCUCUGCAGAUGUUUGAGAGAACAACAACUUUCAAAGAUGGACAAUAUCACGUGGAGUUGUCAUGGAAACCAGACAAAACAGCGCUCCAAGACAACUACAGAGUUGCUAAAAAACGAUUUGAAGGUCUGAAGAUAAGACUGAAGAAGGAUGUUACAUUCUACAGCAGAUACAAUGAAGUAGUGGAGGACUAUUUACAGCAGAACAUUGCAGAGGAUGUGCCAAAAGACAACGCAAGUACAGACAACGUGAAAUACUACUUACCUCACCACGCAGUACUCAGAGAAGACAAAGUGACCACAAAGCUGAGAGUGGUGUUUGAUGCGUCGCCUCAUGAAGAUGGCAGUCCAUCCCUCAAUGACUGUCUGCUCACAGGACCAAACCUGAAUCCAGAUCUCCUCAGUGUCCUCAUUAAAUUCAGAAAAAAUGAAAUCGCCUUUAUGUCAGACAUAAAAAAGGCUUUCUUGCAGAUCUCCAUUGUGGAGAAAGACAGAGAUGCAGUGAGAUUUCUGUGGCUCACAGGCCCACCAUGUGGAGAAGAGGAUGGAGAGAUGCGUGUGCUGCGAAUGACCAGAGUGGUGUUUGGGGCCUCCCCAAGUCCAUUCCUACUCGCAGCUACAAUCAGAAAACACCUAAAACAAUAUGAAACAAAACAACCACAGGUUGUAGAGACACUAAGAGUCAUUUUACGUCGAUGAUUUCAUUGCAAGCACACACAGUGUUGAAGAGGCCUACCAUGUGACAGCAACUGCAACCCAAAUGCUGUCAACCGCAGGCAUGGACCUCUGCAAGUGGAAGACCAACUCUCAUGAGCUGGAGAAGAAAUGGGAGGAGGGCACAACAGACGACACGCUGGCAUCGGAGACACACGGAGCUGUGCUCAAGGUGUUGGGCCUAGUGUGGAGACCAGAAACAGAUGACUUCACCUUUGUCCUCAGA